AUGAUUACCCGAAACCGAGAAAGACGCCGACGGCAGCCUCACCACCAGCAAGCCAGAAACCCAGCAAGUCUGGCUUCUAAUAUGGACCAAUGGUUCAAGACACACCUGCUCAUCGGGUUCGACACAAGUUUCCUAAGAUGGUCAGGAGCCUUUGAUAUGGAGGGACAACUGCUCAGUGUCAUCCAUGGACCCAUGGCUGUAGACUUCGAUGGAUAUUUCUAUGUUUUAAACUAG